AUGGCUAGCAAUAGGGGCACACUAGAGAAACGUACGGAUCACUGUCUCUCACUGCGCCACCACGAGCAGCUGACAGAUGCAUGCAGGAUUAACAGGCUUUUGGCUAGAGAUUUACUACACCCGUCCUUGGACGAGGAAAAGAGAAAACAUAAAAAGAAACAGCUAGUUCAAAGCCCACAUUCCUAUUUUAUGGAUGUAAAAUGUCCACGUUGUUACAAGAUCACCGCGGUGUUCAGCCAUGCUCAGAUGGUGGUUACUUGGGUAGGCUGUUCAACAGUGUUGUGCCAGCCAACAGGAGGAAAGGUCAGACUCACAGAGGGGUGUUCUUCAUUGAGAAGAAAGCAACACUAA